AUGGUUCUAGCUGGAAAUGGUUCAAGCAAUGCGACGACUGCCUCCGGUUCUCUAGGCGGCGGACUUAUGAGCUCUUCGCCUCACUCGCACGUUGCGCUUAUCAGUGCCGUCACACCUGGUCUCGGAUUUUCAUUGCCAAAUGGAAGCGACGUGCAAUCAUCGCUGCUAUCAGUUGAUUCUGAAGAAGAUCCACACCAUUCGUACCAUCAUGGAAUGCACAUGGCACCGUCACCGCAUCACCAUCAUCUUUUCACUAGUGGUGGCGGUGGUGCCGGUUUGAUCGAUUGUGUGACUGAGAGUAAUAAUUGUGCCGAUCGUGAGGAUUCCACUGGAUUUAUUUCAGUGGCGGGUACUACCGCGAACAGUGCCGUCGGAAACUAUUGUCUUAGUGGAGGUAUAGAAAGUGUGACAGGGUUGGUCCAUUCCGUAACAGCCGCCACGGCGUUGGCUGGUGCGAAUGAUGGCGAAGAAGCGGGAACGGGCGUUCCGCUUGAGAGUGGUGGUGGAUCGAUGAGUGGUGGUGGUAGUGAUAGCAGUGUUCUGCGAUCGAACGAUCGAUCGAUCUCAUCAUCAUCUUCGGCCAGCCUCACGCUGACGGCAAGAACGGCUGCUGCUGCAGCGGCAGCCGUGGCCGCUGUCUCGAAUCAUCACCAUCAUCUGCAACAGCAUCCCACGGCAGCAGACAUACCUUACCAUCAUCACCAUCAUCGACCUUUGCCGAUGGAUAUAUCGGCACUGUAG